AUGAGCAAAAAACGUAGUCGUAGAACUUCUUCGACUAGCGAUGAAGAAAUGGAAUUUUGCUCUGCCUCUUUAGAAAAUAAAACCAUUAAAAGUAAAGAUAGCAGACAGGUGAUAGUGGGAUGGCUUUGCAGUCUAAACGGUAAUCCACAUAAGCAAGUUACACUAAAACAGUAUGGUGGCACCCGAAAAUUAGUAGUAAGCAUAGACGGAAGAUACAAUGAUAUAUUAUUAGCGUGCAAGAGUUUUUUUUUCAAAAAUCGUUCGUCAUCAAGAAAAAUAGCAGCUGAGGAGAAAAAAGAAAUAUUUCUUACUGGAGGUGGCAUUCCUAAAAUAAUCAAAAAGGAUCCAUGUCAUGAUGUGGUGUUAUCUAUUAUGAACACCAAAUCAGUGUUUGGAUUAGACAAUGGAGGAUUAGAUAGGGAUGGAAUACGUCCAAAGGAAUGUUUAGGAAACCAAAUCACAGGUGCAGGUGAUACUACUACUGAUACCGUCAUUGAAUUUAAGCACAUGGAUCAAGAGAUCGAAGAUGAUAUGCAAAUCAAUCGAGAAAUCAGUGAUAAUAAUGUACAAGUAGCAGAUGAAAAUGAAAUAAUUUUCCAGAUAGAGGAAUGGGACCAAACAGCUUUAAACAGUACAAAUCCAGAGAAUAACAUCAAUGUAUGUCAUCGAAUUUCGAAACAGAGUAAAAACACACGAAAGAAUAGUGCAUCAAGUGAAAAUAUUGGACAAUCUGCUAACUCAGUUUUGUGAAACGCAUGAUGCUGCAAAUGACAUUGACUACAAAAAAAAUUGUAUUUUACUACACAAAUCAAUGAUUUGAUAUCAAUAUUUUUAAAAAUUUAGUUAUUUUAUUAUCGAAUAUAGGCAUCCUUUCCAAAGUA